AUGGCUACAAACGUCUCAUUCCUUUCCCGCAACCUGAAACUCGCCGGUCAUCUCUACCAUCCUCCGGCCAACGCACCUAACCGCAACGGUGCAGCUGUCGUCAUCGCCCAUCCGUGGACCUCCAUCAAGGAGCAAUCGCCCACCAACUAUGCUCGUGUGCUUUCCCAAGCCGGCUUCAUCUGUCUUACUUAUGAUGCUGCUUACCAGGGUGAAUCUGAGGGUCAACCCCGCGCUCUCGACGAUCCCAACCAACGCGUCGAGGACAUCAAAUCCGCCGUGACCUAUUUGGUCAGCCAAAAGGAUGUCGACUCAGGGCGCAUCGGUGUUCUGGGUAUCUGUGCCUCUGGCGGAUAUGCACCAUUUGCCACCCAGACAGAUCUCCGCAUAAAGGCAUGUGCCAGUGUCGCCGCUGUCGAUGUAAGAGCCAUGGCCCGCAGCGGCCUCGAGAAAAACACCACCACUCCGGAGAUUCUCAAGAUGCAGCUUGAAGGUGCCGCUGCGGAUCGUAACAGUGAUGUCACUGGCGACAAGGUUCCCAUCGUGCACUUGCUCCCCGAAAAACCCGAAGACGCGCCUGCCAACAUGCCCGAGUCCUUCCGCGAUUUGAUGAACUACUACUGCACUCCCCGAGCAAACCAUCCCCGGGCGACUAACACCACCAUUCCUCGCAGCUGGGACAUCAUGGCCAACUUUGACUCCUUUGCAUUCAACUCGUUGAUCAGCCCCCGACCGCUGUUGAUGAUCACGGGUACCAAGGCGGCGUCAAAGUGGCAUAGCGAAGAGGGUGUGGCUAAGGCUAAGGAGCCUAAGGAGCUGUUUGUCGUGGAUGGAAAGACGCAUGCCGAUUUGUAUGAUCAGGUUGAUGAAGCGGGGGGCAAGUGCGUGGAAUUCUUCGGCAAGAACUUGACCGCAUGA